AUGCUGUCGCGUCUUUUCGGCGCGAGCGACUCCUCGAGGUCCCGCCCGACCUGGUACGACCGCCAGGUCUCGCCGCUCCUCCAGGCCGUGUGCCGCCGUGCAUGCACCCAUCCCAUUCACACCAUUGUCUUCACCGCGCUCCUCGCCAGUACCACCUAUCUCAGCGUCAUUGAGAGCAGCCUGUUCAAUGGCUCGGCCUCUGCAGGCAGCUCUCUGGGCAAGGCCGACUUCAACACCCUGUUGGCUGGCAGCAAGACGCUGAGGGUUGGUCCCGCCUCUGAGUGGAAGUGGCAGGCGGAUGAAGAUCGCAACGAUGUGGCCCUCGACGAGACCUACGAGAAGCUUGCCCUCCUGACCCUCCUGUUCCCCGAGUCCACCCCCGCCAACGCGCCCCAGACGGCUCCCCUGGGCAACGCCGUCCCCAUUCCGCGCAACUCGUCCGCCGAAUUGCUCCCCAGCUCCUCCUCUGCCUUCUCCCAGAUCUCCCACGAUACGUCUCUCGCCUUCUCCAUCCCCUACGAUGAGGCUUCCGAGUUCCUGGCCGCCAUGCAGGAGCUCCCGGCUCCUGCAGGUGCUUCCGAGGCACAGAAGACGGACGACGGCACAGUCGAGGAGAAGAAGUGGAUCAUGAAGGCCGUCAAGAGCGCCAGCAGCAGCCCCUCUGAUUUGCGCCAGUGGGUCAUCGAGUCCUGGACCUCUUUUCUGGACCUUUUGAAGAACGCCGAAACGCUCGACAUCGUCAUCAUGGCGCUAGGAUACCUCUCCAUGCACCUGACGUUUGUGUCGCUCUUCCUUUCGAUGAGACGUCUUGGCUCCAACUUCUGGUUGGCCGCGACGGUCCUUUUCCAGUCCGUCUUUGCGUUCCUGUUUGGACUGACUGUCACCACCAAGCUCGGGGUUCCCAUCAACAUGGUUCUGCUCUCCGAAGGCCUGCCUUUCCUGGUUGUCACCAUUGGCUUUGAGAAGCCGAUUGUUCUGACCAAGGCCGUGCUUUCUGCCUCCAUGGACGCGCGUCGGCGUCACUCGGCUAACGGCGACAACACGCCGUUGACCAUUCAGUAUGCCGUUCAGACCGCCGUCAAGGAAAAGGGCUUCGACAUUGUGCGCGACUACUUUGUUGAGAUCUUGAUCCUCGUUGCUGGCGCUUUCUCCGGCGUUCAGGGCGGUCUGCGCCAGUUCUGCUUCCUCGCCGCCUGGAUCCUCUUCUUCGAUUCUCUCCUGCUGCUGACCUUCUUCACUGCCAUUCUCACCAUCAAGCUUGAGAUCAACCGCAUCAAGCGCCACGUCGCUCUGCGCAAGGCGCUUGAGGACGAUGGUGUGAGCCGCACUGUGGCCGAGAACGUCGCUUCCAACAACGACUGGCCCUCGCUUAGCUCUAACGGCACUGAGGAUGGUGGUGCGCACACUGAUAUUCCCGGCUUUGGCAAGAAGAUGAAGGAGACCAGUGUCCCUCGCUUCAAGGUUCUCAUGGUCACUGGCUUCAUUGUUGUGAACAUUCUGAACAUUUGUACCAUCCCCUUCCGCAGUGGCUACUACAGCUCCAGCGCGUCUUCGGGUCUUGCGAGCAUGGUCAAUCCGGCUGCCAUGGAUCCUUUCAAGGUUGCGGGUAAUGCUUUGGACACCAUUUCGGCUGCGGCAAAGUCGAAGAACACUGCUGCGCUUGUUACCGUCCUUACACCCAUCAAGUACGAGCUCGAAUACCCCUCAGUUCACUACUCCAUCCAGGAGCCUGUCUCCAGCCUUUUCGGUGGAAACUACAAGGACCAGCUGAUGGACGGCAUGGGUGGUCGCGUCGUUGAGGGUGUUUUGAAGAGCCUCGAGGACCCUGUCCUGAGCAAGUGGAUCAUUGUUGCUCUGGCUCUUAGCUUGGCUUUCAACGGUUAUCUCUUUAACGCUGCCCGCUGGUCUAUCAAGGAUCACGCCCAACCCAGCAAUAUCAAGCCUCCGGAGGAGUACGAGGUCAUGGACAAAGCUCCCAGCAACGUCAGGCUCGUUGACUCAGGCGCUCCGCUUCGCCCCCUUACCCCCGCGAACCCGCCGGCUCCCGCCAGGAAGGACGACGAUUCUGAUGAUGGACUGGAGAUGAAGCCUACCGCCCACCAAGCUGACCCGUCUGGCCCCAAGCGUCCUGUGCAUGAACUCGAGCUCCUGUUGAAGGAGAAGAAGGCUCCUUCAAUGACUGAUGAGGAAUUGAUCGAGCUUGCUCUUCGUGGCAAGAUUCCUGGUUAUGCUCUUGAGAAGACCUUGGAGAACAAGGUCCGCGCUGUGAAGAUCCGCAGAGCAGUCGUUUCCCGCACCCAUGCCACCCGUCAAACAUCUUUCCUUCUCGAAAAAUCGAAGCUGCCGUAUCAGCACUAUAACUAUGACCUGGUCCACGGCGCUUGCUGUGAAAAUGUCAUCGGUUACCUUCCCCUUCCUCUCGGUGUUGCCGGUCCCCUCAACAUCGACGGCCAGAACUACUUCCUGCCUAUGGCUACCACUGAAGGUGUCCUGGUCGCUAGCACAAGCCGGGGCUGCAAGGCCAUCAAUGCCGGUGGUGGCUGUACCACUGUUCUCACUGGCGACGGUAUGACUCGCGGUCCUUGCGUUGGCUUCGAAACCCUGGCCAGGGCUGGUGAGGCCAAGGUCUGGAUCGAUUCCGAGGAGGGCCAGAAGACCAUGAAGGCCGCAUUCAACUCCACCAGCCGUUUUGCUCGUCUCCAGACGUUGAAGACGGCGCUGGCUGGAACCUACCUGUACAUUCGUUUCAAGACGACCACUGGUGAUGCCAUGGGUAUGAACAUGAUUUCCAAGGGUGUUGAGCACGCUUUGAGCGUCAUGAAGAACGAGGCCGGGUUCGAUGAUAUGGCCAUCAUUUCCGUUUCCGGAAACUUCUGUACAGACAAGAAGCCCGCUGCUAUCAACUGGGUUGACGGGCGUGGCAAGAGUGUGGUGGCGGAGGCUAUCAUUCCCGCCGAGGUGGUGAAGAACGUCUUGAAGAGCGACGUGAAUGCGUUGGUCGAGCUCAACAUUGCCAAGAACUUGAUUGGAUCGGCCAUGGCUGGAAGCAUUGGUGGUUACAAUGCGCACGCUGCGAACAUUGUCACUGCUGUCUUCUUGGCGACUGGACAGGAUCCGGCUCAGAAUGUGGAGAGCAGCAACUGUAUUACCGUCAUGAAGAACAUGAACGGUAACCUCCACAUUUCGGUCUCGAUGCCUUCGAUUGAGGUUGGUACGAUUGGCGGUGGUACUAUCCUGGAGCCCCAGAGCGCUAUGCUUGAUCUGCUCGGCGUCAGGGGAGCCCACCCGACCAGCCCCGGUGACAACGCACGCCAGCUUGCUCGUGUCAUCGCUGCUGCUGUUCUCGCCGGUGAGCUCAGUUUGUGCAGUGCGCUUGCUGCGGGCCAUCUCGUCAAGGCGCACAUGAGCCACAACCGUAGCCAGGCUCCUUCUCGUUCUACUACUCCAGCGCCGAUGGGCGUCCAGACGCCAACCACUUUGGCCAUGACGACCAUCAAGGACAAGGCUGCUGGCCGUCGCUGA